CAGACACACACACACGCGCGCGCAAGCACGCACAGUGAGCGGGUAAAUACUUCCUCAAACACGCCGCGCUCUUCAGUUUACUCUGUACUUACAAAGCAGCACGAAGAACAGAGAUUCUUUAUUGAAACUACUCGGUUCUUUGAAGUUGGUAAGUGUGUGUAAGCAGGCGAUUUCUCACCAUGGCUCCGUUCCUGAGGAUUGUCAUCAACGAAUUUAACCUGGGAGAUCUUCCCCCGAUGACAGAUGAGCCGUUCUGUGCAAUCAAGAUGAAGGAAUCAAUGAGCACAGAACGAGGGAAGACGCUGAUCCAGAGGAAGCCCACCAUGUACCCCAGGUGGAAAUCCUCAUUUGACGCACACAUCUUGGAGGGGCGUGUAUUACAGGUGAUGCUGAUGAAAUCGUCAGAAGAGACUCUGUCAGAGGCCACGGUCGGGGUCUCCGUCAUCGCUGAGCGCUGCAAAAAAGGUAACGGCCGUGCCGAGUUCUGGGUGGACCUGCAGCCCUCCGGGAAGGUGAUGUUGUCUGUGCAGUUCUUUUUCGAGGAUAAUGACCAAGACAAGGCUUCAGUGACAGGGAAAGAGGAAGAUGGUCUUCUUACUCUGAACAGAAGGAGAGGAGCCAUCAAACAAGCCAAGGUUCAUUUUAUAAAGAAUCACGAGUUCACAGCCACCUUCUUCAAACAGCCCACCUUCUGCUCGGUGUGUCGGGACUUUGUGUGGGGUCUCAACAAGCAGGGCUACAAGUGUAGGCAAUGCAAUGCGGCUAUUCACAAGAAGUGCAUUGAUAAGAUCAUUGGGAGGUGCACUGGAACAGCGGCAAACAGCCGAGAGACAAUGUUUCAGAAGGAGCGCUUUAAGAUUGACAUGCCACAUCGCUUCAAGACACAUAACUACAUGAGCCCAACGUUCUGCGAUCACUGUGGGAGUCUGCUGUGGGGAAUGGUCAAACAAGGCCUCAAGUGUGAAGAAUGUAGUAUGAACGUCCAUCAUAAAUGCCAGACCAAGAUCGCCAACCUCUGUGGAAUCAACCAGAAACUCCUGGCGGAGGCUUUGAAUCAAGUCAGCAUAAAAUCUUCCACAAAGCGUCCAGAUCCCUCUUUGUCAGAAUUCGGAAUUUAUCAAGGCAUAGACCAACACAUGCCAGUGGACCCUAGUGCGGAGGGCUCCCAGUAUGGGAAACUAUGGGAUGACACGACCCCUGCCCCAACCAACAUUACACACCAAACCCGGGUCACCAUAAAAGACUUUGUAUUCCACAAGGUACUGGGCAAAGGCAGCUUUGGAAAGGUGAUGCUUGCAGAGCUGAAAGGAAAGGGGGAAUAUUUUGCAAUAAAAGCCCUGAAGAAGGAUGUGGUGCUGAUGGAUGAUGAUGUGGAAUGCACUAUGGUGGAGAAACGAGUGUUAGCGUUAGCCUGGGAAAACCCUUUCCUCACACACCUGUACUGCACUUUCCAGUCAAAGGAGCACUUGUUUUUUGUGAUGGAGUAUCUGAAUGGAGGAGAUCUGAUGUUCCACAUUCAGGAUAAGGGACGAUUUGAUUUAUUCAGAGCCACAUUCUAUGCUGCUGAAAUCAUCUGUGGACUUCAGUUCCUCCACUCUCAAGGCAUUAUAUACAGAGAUCUGAAGUUGGACAAUGUGAUGCUGGAAAAGGAUGGACAUAUUAAGAUUGCAGACUUUGGAAUGUGCAAAGAAAACAUGGUUGGAGAAAACAGAGCAACCACGUUUUGUGGCACACCGGACUACAUCGCUCCUGAGAUCUUGCUGGGACAUAAGUACACUUUCUCUGUGGACUGGUGGUCGUUUGGCGUGUUGCUCUAUGAGAUGCUGAUUGGUCAGUCGCCAUUCCAGGGAGACGAUGAGGACGAGCUGUUUGAGUCCAUACGCACGGACGUACCUCACUUCCCGCGCUGGAUUACUAAGGAGUCCAAGGACCUGUUGGAGAAGUUGUUUGAGCGGGACCCAACUCGAAGGCUUGGUGUUGUUGGAAAUAUCCGUGGACAUCCCUUCUUCAAGACAAUCAACUGGCCUGCACUGGAGAAGCGAGAAGUGAAUCCCCCGUUCAAGCCAAAAGUGAAAUCACCCAACGACUGUAGCAACUUUGACAGAGAGUUCCUCAGUGAGAAGCCCAGACUCUCGCAAGGUGACAAGAACCUGAUGGACUCCAUGGACCAGUCAGCCUUUGCUGGCUUCUCUUUCAUUAACCCCAAAAUGGACACCAUUCUAGAUAAAUGAAAGGUUUAGGCAGAGUUUGGUCAAGCCCUUCAGAUCUACCCACUCAAAACAACAGCAGCAUACAAGAGCCAGGAGAUCAACCAGUGUUACACCUGCAUACACUUUCUGGACUGUACAAAUACAUAAUGGUGUAUUUAUGUUUUUAUUGAAAAGAUUAAGUUUUUAAAUCGAAACAACUUUGAUGAUGUACUGUAUUGUUGUUGUAAUAUCCCUAACAUAUAUAUAUAUAUAUAUAUAUAUAUAUAUAUAUAUGAACACAUAGCUCAGUUUUGGUGAACAAGAUGUACCUUACUAAAUGACAAAACAUGCAACUGAACAGGCAGACAAAAUGAACCUGAUUUAAGAGUAAGGGAAUGUAUAUUGUAGCAUUUUUAGGUGUUAAGUCGUUGUGAAAUAAUGGCCUUCUAAGGAAUCUGAGCAUCCUUUUUGAUCAUCCCCAUACUCCAUGAUUGUCUCAUGUUAAAAAUAUAAUCCGUACCGUGUUUGGGGGAUGUUCUUGCAUCUAUUUUGUGUAUCUUUCAAAGGUAUCUUUUCUUGCAGAUGUACAUCUUUUACAAUGAAAGUUUUAUUUUAAAGAUGCUGAUUUUGCCAGUUGGAGCUAAGCAGGCUGUGCUGAGCGUACAAAAAAUAGUGUUUUCCAGUAUGGGUCUAUAAAUAAUGGACGUUGAGGACAAUGUAGAUUCAUAUAGGUGAACCUAAAUCCCCUACAAUAUGAAAAAAUAGUCUUAUAGACAUGUUCAUAAAUAGGGCUUCUUUUAUGGUACUGUAGUAGGUAGUUUAUUGGUACAGUAUAUUGGUGGGUGGAGGUUAUACAUCACCAACACAAAUAAGUAUAAAUAUAUAUUGUUAUUUAAUGUUGGUAUUUUAAAGAAGUAUAAAAUUGUAUAUAACAAUAUAUGUAUAUUGUUCUGAACGGUUGUUGUUAUUGGAGGUAAUUAUGCUCUUUUGUUUACUGAAUUUACUCCUCAGAAUUCAGCACCAUUAAAGAGUUUUCGACUUUACUUUUGACUUCUGUCAGGCUUUUGACUUAUGUCUUCCAAAAGCAACACGGUAAUCACAGUAAUCUCUGCUGAGAAAACAUAGUCAACUUUUGUUACCACAAAACGGUGUAACCUAGAAUUAGUCACCAUUGUCCAAAAAUGAAAUAAAAUA